AUGCGUGGUGACCGCGCCGUCAUGUUGGUGAUUGGUGAUAGCGCUUUAAGCCAAAAAAUCAGUGACAGUGUCAGAGUAAACUUAAAAUUUCUUGAAGUAAUCAAGCCCUUCUGUGUUAUCUUGCCUGAAAUCCAAAAGCCAGAACGGAAGAUUCAGUUUAAGGAAAAGGUACUAUGGACAGCUAUCACUCUCUUCAUCUUUUUAGUAUGCUGCCAGAUUCCCUUGUUUGGUAUCAUGUCCUCAGACUCAGCAGAUCCUUUCUACUGGAUGAGAGUGAUUUUGGCAUCAAAUAGAGGUACGUUGAUGGAGCUGGGCAUUUCACCUAUUGUCACUUCUGGGCUCAUUAUGCAGCUCUUGGCAGGUGCCAAGAUAAUCGAAGUUGGUGACACCCCAAAGGACAGAGCUCUCUUCAAUGGAGCACAGAAACUGUUUGGAAUGAUCAUUACCAUCGGGCAGUCUAUUGUCUAUGUAAUGACGGGAAUGUAUGGAGACCCAUCUGAGAUGGGUGCUGGUAUCUGCUUGCUUAUCACAAUUCAGCUUUUUGUUGCUGGAUUGAUAGUUCUGCUCUUGGAUGAGCUGCUACAGAAGGGAUAUGGUCUCGGCUCUGGCAUCUCUCUCUUCAUUGCCACCAAUAUCUGUGAGACUAUUGUGUGGAAAGCAUUCAGCCCCACUACGGUGAACACAGGGCGAGGCAUGGAGUUUGAGGGAGCCAUCAUUGCUCUGUUCCAUCUUCUGGCUACUCGUACAGACAAAGUCAGAGCUCUUCGUGAGGCCUUUUACCGUCAGAAUCUCCCCAACCUUAUGAAUCUGAUUGCCACCAUUUUUGUCUUUGCUAUCGUAAUUUAUUUCCAGGGCUUCAGAGUGGAUCUUCCUAUCAAAUCUGCUCGCUACCGCGGCCAAUACAACACCUACCCCAUCAAGCUGUUCUAUACUUCCAACAUUCCCAUUAUUCUCCAGUCUGCCCUGGUGUCAAACUUGUACGUCAUCUCCCAGAUGCUUUCUGCUCGCUUCAGUGGCAACUUACUGGUUAGCCUGCUGGGCACUUGGUCUGACACAUCAUCUGGAGGCCCUGCUCGUGCUUAUCCAGUUGGUGGACUUUGUUAUUAUCUGUCACCUCCAGAGUCCUUUUCUUCCGUGUUAGAAGACCCCGUCCAUGCAGUUGUUUAUAUUGUAUUUAUGUUGGGCUCCUGUGCAUUUUUCUCCAAGACAUGGAUUGAAGUCUCUGGCUCGUCUGCCAAAGAUGUUGCCAAACAAUUGAAAGAACAACAAAUGGUAAUGCGAGGCCACAGAGAAACUUCGAUGGUACAUGAACUAAACAGGUACAUCCCUACAGCUGCUGCAUUUGGUGGUCUCUGUAUUGGUGCCCUCUCUGUGCUGGCAGACUUCCUUGGGGCAAUUGGGUCUGGAACUGGAAUUUUGCUCGCUGUCACUAUCAUUUAUCAGUACUUCGAAAUUUUUGUAAAGGAACAGAGUGAAGUUGGCAGUAUGGGAGCUCUUCUUUUCUAAGCGUAGCUUCUCAUGGACCUAGGAAAGAGGGGAGAAUCAUUCUCAAGAUAUAGCCAGUCAGGUGAAAAGAAGUAAUGUAAACUUGAUAGUGUCAUUCUACAGGAACACAUAUUCUAAUAAUGUUUCCAAAGUGCAUUCCCUUAUGUUCAAACUUUUCUAGCAUACUGUUUGCAUUUUAUAAAUUGAUGAGAAAAAGUGAAAAAUAAUUUUUUUAAAUAAUAUUGGUUUUUAAUUAUGUGUUAGGAGAAUCAGCUUUCUGAAUUGGAUUUAGUUCAAUGACUCUGAAAUUUUUUUGAGCCCCU